UAUGCAGCAUCACUGAGCUGGUGCAGUGCAAAAACGCUCGCUCAUCCACACUGAUGGUGUGCAGAACAAGGGGGACAUAAAAAAUCCUUUUGAAACUAACAACAUCCAUUUACUUUUCUUAAAAAAAUUACACAACAAAAAAACCAUCCAUCAUGAGCUACGAGAUCUACUCCUACCGACGCCCUUGGGACAGCUGCAGAAGCUCCCGAAACACCACCAACAUCAAAUCUUCCAUGUCCACCUUUGGCUAUCGUUCUCGGGCUGCUUCAUCGGGGAAGAGGAAUGUGAGGCUGGCCUCCUCUUCCCUGCCUGAUGGCUCAGAGAGAAUGAGCCUGGCUCAGGUCAGUUCUCAUAACACAGAGCUUUUGGGUCUGCGUUCGCAGGAAAAGGAGCAGCUUGUGGACCUCAAUGACCGCUUUGCCACCUACAUCGAGAAGGUGAGGCACCUGGAGCUGCAGAACCGGGCCCUGCUGGCUGAGCUCGAUGCUCUGAGAAGGUGGCAGAAUGAACCAUCCCGUAUGCAGGCGAUCUACGAGGAGGAAGUCAGGAGUUUGAGGGCUAUGGUAGACUCAGAGAACGGCGAGAAGAUGCAGAUGGAGGCUGAGAGGGACUACCUGCAGGAUGUGUACGAGCAAAUGAAGGAGCGCUACGAGGAGGAAGCAAGGAGGCGAGGAGAUGCUGAGGAGGCCCUGCACGGUGUCAAGGAGGAGGCGAGCAGGGCUGCACUGUCAAACUGUGAUGCUGAGGCCACUGUGGUCUCUCUUUGUGAUGAGAUGGUGUUCCUCAAGAAAGUUUUUGCAGAGGAGCAGGCGGAGCUGCAGGCCCAGCUGCAGAUGGUGAACAUCAGUGUGGACGUGGAGGUCUCCAGGCCUGAUCUCUCCUACGCUCUGAGAGACAUCCGGACACAAUACGAGCGACUGGCAAACAAGAACAUGCAGGCUGCCGAGGAGUGGUACAAGAACAAGUUCACGAGUGUGGCAGAGGUGGCCAGCAAGAACAACGAGGCCGUGCAUGCCAUCCGGGAGGAGACCAUGGAGUACAGGAGACUGCUUCAGACGCGCUCCUCAGAGAUCGAAGCUCUCCGGAACGUCAUCAACUCCCUAAAUAAGCAGCUGGAGGAGCUGGAGGACACACAGGCCAAGGAGGUGACAAAGUAUCAGGUAAGGAUAAGUGAGCUGGAGCAUGACAUCACUGAGGCCAAGCAGGAGAUGGCGCGCUACCUGAGGGACUACCAAGACCUUCUUAAUGUGAAGAUGGCACUCGACAUUGAAAUAGCAGCAUACAGGAAACUUCUGGAAGGGGAGGAGAUCCGCCUGGCCUACCCUUCUCUUCCAGCUCUAAACUAAACCCUACAUGCCACCAGCCUGGCAUAAAUCUGAAUUCUUCAUACCCCGUCAUUCUUCCUCAGACCCGAUCUCCUCCUAAUCAUUCUCCUUUUUGUCCAUCCCUCUCUCAUCUGUUCUCCUGAAAAUGUUUGUUUUCUUUACUCCACAAACCAAAGCUCAUCAUUCCCAAGACAGUCGUGCCCUUGUGCUGAACAAGAGGUCCCACCCAGAAGGUCCCCCUUCUUCUACACACGUUGUGACAUCAAGCGUCAAGACGAUGGUGAACCGUACCAUAAAAUGCACAGUGGCUGCACUGCAUUAGUUUCAUGGCUCUGUUGAACUGCACUGUUGACUGGCCAGAGUUCUUUGGGGUUGUGCACAAUAAACUCCAAGCAGCAGAGUUAAAUGACAAACUUCACUGACCCUUCAUUGUGCAAACAUUUGACCAAUUGUUUGUUAAGAGGGCAAAAAGAAGUUCCUUUUAACUCUCAAUGCUUAGACUUUAUCUGUGUUCAAAGUGUUGCAAGAAAAACUGCAGCAUUAUUGACCCGGAACUCAAACCAAUCAAUAGUGUUUGUCCUGUACCUCUGGUUCUGUAGUUGUAGUCUGUAGAGAGGACCAGUAACCUUAAAAAAUAUUUUAACUUAACCUAAAUGUCUUCUUUCUUACUUGUUCUUCCCCUGCAUUUACCUCCAAACAAUUACUGAUAGAGUGACUUAGUUUUAUCCUAUUUGGCUUCAUAUGUAUUUAAAUUCUUAGUUUUAUGUGUAAAUGCUCUGGAAGACUACAAUACUGUUACUGGUUUCUCCUUAUCAUCAUGCAGUGGGCCUCUCAGCUUAUUUGCAUUAGAUUUUCUUCUUUUGUCCUUUAAGAUAAAACUAUGAAACUGAAAGAUAAGAGCAGAAGCUCCUUGUUGUCAGUCUGAGACCUGAUGGUGUUUCACAUCUCUGACACCACUGCGAAGCCUGCACCAUUAUGUUUGGUGUUUCUGUAACAGUCUGCAACAAGCUGAAUAAACAUGCAACUUAAAUAAAA